CCUGCUGGUUCUUCAGGAAAUGCCGUAGCAACACCUCCCCCAUUAGUGCGGGGAACACAGAACCUUGCAUCCAGCAAGUCAGCCCUUCUACAGAACGCAUCUUCACGUAUUCCUGGAACUGUUAUUCCUCCUCCUUUGAUCCGGGGUGGGCAGCAGACAUCUUCAAAGCUGGGCUCUCAGCAGAAUGCACAAAUAGUCAUGCCACCUCUAGUCCGAGGAGCACAGUCCAUCUCUGUGUCUCCCCAGCAAAUCCACAACAUCCGCCCGCACUCCAGCUCGGUGCCUCCUCCGCUGGUCCUAGCUCCACGGGCUUCCGUUCCCAACGUGCAGAUCCAGGGUCAGCGGAUCAUACAGCAGGGUCUCAUCCGCGUAGCCAAUGUCACAAAUGCGAGUCUUUUGGUCAACAUCCCACAGGCCUCCCCGACUUCAUUGAAAGGGGCAGCUGGGACGUCCGCCCAGGUGAACGCUUCGACCGCCACCAGCGUUGCUUCCAUCGUCAACUCGAACGACUCUCCUGCCAGUCGGCAAGCAGCUGCUAAGUUGGCCUUGCGGAAACAGCUGGAGAAAACCCUGCUGGAAAUUCCUCCACCCAAACCUCCGGCUCCUGAAAUGAACUUCCUGCCCAGUGCAGCUAAUAAUGAGUUCAUCUACCUGGUUGGGUUGGAGGAAGUGGUGCAGAACCUACUAGAAGCUCAAG